UAUGCAUAUUUCUCUUAAAAAAAAACUAUAGCCUAAUCAAAUAUGUGUUCUUAUUAGAUAUUAGAUGUAUUUAUAUUACAUAUUUUCAUAAUUUUAUUUUUAUAAGUUUAAUAAUUGAAAUAAAAGAACUAUGGCGCCAGUACAACAGGAGAAGUCUGUUCCGAACUUACCCCCUCUAAGAGAAACCAUUCUAGUCCUAGUAGUCUCAUUAAGUGUUGUCUGUGCAUUCACUGACUUAAGAAGUAUUCCAUGCAUGACACCGUAUCUUCAAAAUCUCGUACCUCCCAAGCGUUCAGUGUGGUCUGGUGUCAUCCAGCUGUCCCUCGUGUGUCACUCAGGCUUCGAUAUUGCUCUAAACUCUCCACUAGAUGGCAGGUUCGAGUGUAAACCAGACGGGAAACCAUGGAAACCUGACUUCAUCCCAGACUGCAACCCAUUAAUGAGGCCACAAAGUAUUGCCAUUAAAGUGAUAAUUAGCCAUAGCACUCUCUGCUCCUCGUUGAUCACUGCCAAAGUUUCAAGUGACAACUCCAGCAUUGUAUUUGCAUCGAGGACUGUAAACAUUCUUGAAUUGUGUCAGAGGUCCAAAAUCUCCUCGUCAUGUCGGGUGGCGAGUCUUCUUCUUGCAUGUAGUAACAAUGAAUCAAAACUUUUCCUCAAACUGACCACCAAGUUUUCUGAUGCGGUCAACAGCGAACUGGUCAGAGGGGAGAGUACAAGUUUGAUCGACUCACUAGUCCAGCAAAUGAACAUCCCGAACAACGCCAGCAUGCCCCACGUCAUCGACGGAGAAGGGUGUCAACCAGGAACUUUGGGGGCGUAUGAUGACAAGAUAGGCGCCGUUUGCCGAGGCUGUUCACUUGGCCACUACCUAUCUUCCAAUAACACCUGCUUGCCCUGUCCUCCUGGAUACUACUCAGACGUGCCACUGAGGCAACGGUGCAAUGUCUGUCCCGGCCUGGUCAGUGUCGCAGAAAACGUGUGGGCAAAGGUCAACGCUACUGGUCAGUGGAUGGCAUUCGCCAUUUCCAUGUGUCCAAAAUUCUAUAAUGAGCCCAAUGUCAACUUGUCGAUUGCGAAGGCUUUAGAAGCAAUAAACAAAGCAUACAACAGUUCCAACAGACCGGAAGUUUGCAUUGUCGUCUGCGUGUUUCUGAUGCUCUUGUAUGGAUUGGUCGAAGGGAAGCUAUCAAGAUAAAACCGGAAGUUUUAUCUAGUAUUUUGCUUAAAGUAGAGUCAAACACUGCCUUCUGUUGGCUGCCUUAUAAUCUCAUUCUAUUGUUUUUAAUUUUUAACAAAGUUUUUGUAAAUAAAAAAAAAAAAAAGAUUAUA